AUCUGUAAUAGUUAACUUGAAAACCGUAACUUCAUUGUUGAAUUUAUGACAGGAAAAUCUAAUCUAAUAAAUGAUUUGUUUACUUUUAUAAUUAAUAUUCACUAAAAAAAAACUUAAAAAAAAAACAAAACUAUAUAAUUUACUUAUAUUCUUAUAUUUAUGAUGACGUCCCAUGGGAAAGCUGAAACACAAAAACUAAUUGAAAAUUUAGAAAACCAAUUAGAACGAUUAGUAAAUCAAUUGCAGGAUUUAGAGGAAUGUAGAGAAGAAAUGGAUAACAGCGAGUACUUAGAAACAAAACAAGAUACAAUGGAACAAAUGCGAGAAUUGAAUGAAAGUCUUGAGCGACUAUCAAGUGGCAAUUUAAGUCUAAUCAGCACCUUUUCAGCAAUGCGAUUGGCUUUAUGUGCAGCAAUAUCCGAAGCAUUUAAAACACCUGAAGUAAUUAGAAUGUUUGGCAAACGACAACCACAACAAUUAAGAGAAAGGCUAGAGCAGGUGGAAGAGAAAUUUAGAUUGAAUAAGAUUUCAAAUGAACAAAAAAAUAGGGAAAAGGCUGAAAUAUUGCUUGCGCUACAACAACUGCAAGAUAAUUUAACAGCAGAGGAACUGAAGUUUUUAGAUGAACAGAAUUCAGUGAAAAUAUCGUUCAUGGAAGAACUGCCUAAUGAAGACUAAUUUUAUUACCCAA